AUGUCUAGUUUAAAGCGGCUAUUUGGUGCUCCUAAGAAGGCAGUUACCCAAGAGACAGCUGCAGAAGCAUUGCAGACAGCGGAGGAGCAGCUAAAUAAGAAGCAGCUUUUCUUGGAGAAGAAAAUAAAUGAAGAGAUUGCCAAAGCCAAAAAAUUUGGUUUGAAAAACAAACGUGCUGCAUUGGAAUGUUUGAGAAAAAAGGCUUUGUAUGAGAAGCAGUUGGAAUUAAAUGAUGGUGCUCUCAUGAAGCUCCAAGCUCAGCGCAAUGCCCUUGAUAGUGCAUUGAUGAAUAAGAAUAUUCUGGACACAAUGAAGACGGUCAACUCGGCUAUGCGGGGCAUUCAUAAGGACAUGGACGUCGAUAAGGUUCAUGAUUUAAUGGACGAUGUCAAUGAGCAGCAGGAUAUUGCCAAUGAAAUUGCCGCCGCUAUUUCCAUGCCCACGGGCCCUGACCUAGUUGACGACGAUGAACUUCUUCGCGAGCUGGAAGAGCUUGCAGAGGAAGAUGUUGCUGAAAAGCUCCUCGACGUUCAUAAUGUUGACGAGCUUCCCUCCAUCCCUGUUGGCGAACCUACUCGCUCUAAACCUAAGGCCUCGAAAAAAGCCGAGGAAGCUUCAGAAUUAGCCAAUUUGGAGAUGUGGUCGGCGUGA